UUUCCAACGCAGAUCUAAAUUUUAUUGUUAUUUUUUUCUUCAAACGGAAAAAAUUACUUUUGGUCAAACGAUGACAUGACCCUUCUUCUUUAACGAGACGUUUCGUGCCGUGCCUAAUUUGUGACGACCUAAAUAUAAUGUCCGUGUAGACAUUGGCAUUGUUCGUAUUUUUUUUAAUUUAGUUGUUAUCCGGUGGUCACACCAAUAAUUUCUAUUUCUACGAAAAUGUACGGUCCAAAUUGUACACCACCGGCUAUCGAAGACUUUCCCAAGGAUAUUUUCACGGACAAACAAAGGCAAGAUGGUGGUAUAGUUGUCCAUAUAUUCGUAUCAUUAUACCUAUUUGUAGCGCUAGCCGUUGUAUGUGACAAGUUUUUCGUUCCUGCAGUCGAAAAAAUAUGUCACGCUUUAAAUAUGUCCAGCGAUGUCGCGGGUGCUACUUUUAUGGCAGCAGCAACUUCUGCACCAGAACUUUUUGUCAAUGUAAUAGGAACCUUCAUUACCGAAGGUGACAUUGGUGUUGGCACAAUCGUAGGUUCGGCAGUUUUUAAUAUUUUAGCCGUUGCAGCGUGUUGUGGAAUCGGUGCUGGAAUGUGUGGUGUAAAAGUAGUGCCAUUAGAUUGGUGGCCAUUAACAAGAGAUUGUUUAGCAUACGGAAUAACAGUUUCGAUAUUAAUUUGCAUAAUUCACGAUGAAAGAGUUGAAUGGUACGAAGCUUUAAUAUUAGUUCUACUUUACACCGUUUACAUCCUAAUAAUGUACUUUGACAAGUCGCUCCAAAAGUGGGUGAAAGAAUGUCUGAAACAUUUGCGAAAAACUACUAAAAACGAACAACAGCAACGCCAAGGUGGCAAACAGAAGAUCGAAAUUGUAGAGGCAUCAGAAGCCGUCUGCAACAACUCGAGCGGAAAUGGAGCUAACGCCAUCUCAUCGUCAGGACACAUUAACGGAUCAAUCAAGGGUCCUCCGAUGGAAGCAGUCGAAAUAGAACAGGACGAGGUUAAAAUUGAAAAUUGUGCCGCCGUCGUCGACCAACAAGAUUCUGGUGGUAAUAAAGAGGAGGAAUAUAAAUCAAGUUUGUGGAGAUGGCCCAGUAAAAGAAGUUUAUUCACUCAGGCAACUUGGAUAUUUACCUGGCCAAUCCAUUUGGUUUUCUUCUUCACCAUCCCAGAUUGUGAAAAGCCGAGAUUUAAAAAAUGGUUUCCGCUUACUUUUAUGAUGUGCAUCAUUUGGAUUGGUUCGUUAUCUUACGUUGUAGCUUGGAUGAUAACAAUUAUUGGUGAUACGCUUAAAAUUCCCGAUUCCGUUAUGGGAAUUACAUUUUUAGCUGCUGGAACGAGUGUUCCUGAAGCUGUUUCAAGUGUUAUUGUUGCAAAACAAGGGCAUGGUUCAAUGGGAAUUAGUAACAGUAUAGGAUCAAAUACAUUUGAUAUUUUAUUAUGUUUGGGUUUACCGUGGUUUAUAAAAGCGACGUUUAUGCCAACAAUAGAAGGAAAAUAUUGGGUUGGAAUUAACUCAGCAGGAAUAGAAUACAGUGCGAUUUCUCUUUUAUCAUCUUUAUUACUUCUCUACGUAGUUUUCGCUUUGAACAAGUUUAAAUUGGAUAAAAAGGUGGGAAGAAUAUGUCUGCUGAUGUACGUGGUUUUCCUAAUUUUAGCCAGUCUGAUAGAGUUGAAUGCCUUCUUCAGGGUUAAUCUGCCAACGUGCCAACGAUAAGCCUCUUAAUAGAAGUCUUAUGGUAGGCCAAGAAAUGAAAAAAAAAACUCUCAAAAGAUUUAAAAAAAUAAACUAACCUAAAAUCGUCAUCGUCGCAGAUCUCCACACACCAUACCGUUUCAGAACCUAAUUAUUAUAAUUUUAUUUGUAUUAUUAAUUAUUAUUAUUUUUUUUUAAUUAAGAUCAAGGGUAAACAACCCCUUUUUUAUUUUAUAUAAUACAAUUUUAAGUAAUGAUUAUCGACCACGAAUUUACUAAAAGUUUUCGUAUAACAUUUAUAAUUUUAGAUAUAGACCUUAUUUUUUUUUUAAUUAGAUUUUAGCCUAACAUGGUUUACAUAGAUGUGUGUAUCGCUGAAAAGAAAAACUUUGUACAUAGUAGAUCUAUAUAAUUAUUUAAUUAAAAUUAAUCAUUGAACGAGU